GGGAAACUUGCUUUCAAUCACAACGAAAAACUUUACCACAAGAAAACAGGACCCAAAAUAGAAAACUAUAGAGAGGAGAACGUACAUAAGAAUAUCCUUAAAGAGACAUUACAUCUUAAAGAGAACAAUACCUGCUGUUGAGAAAGGAGUAGAUAAUUCAAAGGAUCAUAAAAGAAAAAAAAAAAAGACUGAGAUUGAGAGACUCACACCAGCUAGGAAUUUUUAAAAAAAGUAUCAAAGAAGAUAGGACAGAAGUGACAAAGAGUGAAAGGGAAUAAUAAAGAAGUAAAUUAGGAAGGGAAAAAGCAUCAGUUGAUAAUAAAUAUAAAAGCCAAGCUUUACUCUUCCUUGGGGAAAUCACUGAUAAGAGACAGAGAGCAGUUAAAGUAGAAAAUCAAUCAUUUUCACUUGGUUACAGACAUUAAUUAUCCAUUGGUGGUUCCUGUGAAGUCUUGAAGACAAUGACCAUGGGCUCCUUGCUAUACUAUGUGACUGUGCUACAGCUGGUGGUGAUAUCCAGAUGUGCAGUGCGAGAGCUUCCCAAAGACUACUUCAGGUGUCCUACACCUUGCACAUGUACGCCCAAGGAGACAGGCAUGGCAGUUAUUUGUGGUAAAGAUACCACUGAACUUCCUUCUUUCCCCAACAUCAUCCUCCAGGAAUUUGGAGCUUUUGAUGUCCACAUCAACUCUCUAUCAGCAAGAACAUUUGAAAAUCUCAAGGCUCGUGAGGUGUACCUUCUAUACACAAGACUUGGGAACCGCAUCAAUGUGAAAACCUUUGAUCCUCUUGCCCCAUACUUGGAGCGUCUUUUUCUACAAGAUCUCUACAUUACUGCAGUUCCGACCCGUUUGCUGCGGCAGCUCAACAACCUGAAGCAGCUUUCCAUCAGCGAGAACAAUCACCUCACAUCUCUCUCAGGCAAGCUAUUCUAUCCUUUACCAAAUCUAAAGACUCUAUCUCUUAAAAAGAAUGCACUCACUGCACUAGAAGAUAAGACAUUUUCAACACUGUCACAGCUUCGUGACUUGGACCUCACUGGGAAUAAGUUGUCACAGAUUGGGGCUGAGACCUUCAGGGGUCUGACCAGGCUGGAAAGCUUGGACCUAAGCAGUAAUGAACUUACAACAAUACCACCUCUUGUAUUCCAGGACUUGCAGAACGUGAAAGUACUUAAUCUUAGUAAUAAUCAAAUAGAUAAGGUAGAAGCAGAUGCCUUCAUAGGCCUAGAAAGUGUCAAGUACAUAGAUCUAACAGGGAAUGCAAUUGACAGAUUACGUCUUUGUGACUUGAAAGGGCUGCCUGAAGGAGUGCAGAUCAAACUGAAUAAUAAUCCUAUCAAUUGUGAUUGUAACAUUAAAUUCUGGCGCGAGGAGCAACUAUUUACUUUCAUGGGAACAUGUAAAAUGCCAGCUGCAGUAGAGGGUCAGUCGAUUAGUACUUUUGUCCCCAACACAGCAUGUCCAGUGAGGAGGGUACAGUGGUCAUUCUAUCAGUCACUGUGUUAGGUUAUAAAUAAUGUAUGAAAAUUAAUUCUGAUUUUGAAAUUUGGUUAAUAGAAUUUGAACAAUUUACAUAAUUUCACCUUUUACUUAUUUGUUAUCUAGUUUGUUCCAUAUCAUCAUAUUCCCAAUUACACAAAAAUCAAAACAAUGAAUCUUGCAUAAGAAGGAUGAAGAUUUUGUUGAUUGAUUUUGUCUUAAAAAGAGACAUUACUUCAGCCAAACAUGUAGCCUACACUGUCCUGACUGGGGAUAUAGAGCAAACAAAGGGCAUUAUGUCUUAUUUAAUCUUUGUCAGUAGUUUCAGAAAACAAUUUUUUUUACUUGGUUUACAGUGGAAUAAAAUAGUGUACAGUACAUGUAUAAUAGAACUCAACAAGGCACUGAAUAACUUCUAUUUAUGGUGAUUAUUUAAAAGAAGGCAUGUAAUGUCUAUAGCUAUAUUAUUUAUAUGCCCGUAUUUAUUAGAACUAUGAGUAAAAUAUUUAAUUAGCCAAUUCUGAAUGACUGAUUGAUCUUAAAAAGGAGAUAUUACUUCACGUGCCAUGAUAGAAUUACAUUGCAGUAGUAUCUCUAUUACCAUCGGAUCAUGACAGUUGCUCUCAUAUCGUGUGUAUAUAGACCUCAUCUUCUUCGACUUGUUGUUGCACAAAAUCGACAAACACAUUUUUCAAAGCAACCGCAACCGCCGUUUUCUCUUUUUAAUUUAUUACUGCGCAUGGGUCAAGGUGCCAGAAUCUCCUCCGAGCGCACCUGAGAAUUAAUUACGGCUUUCGAAGUGACACGCUCGCACUGCUAGUUAAUUACGCAGCGGGGUAUUCAGGGCACAGACCGUGAUCACUAGAUACUGCCAAUGGAUUUUUGGAUUUUUAGAAUUUAGAUAUUUCAUGUGAACAGUGCCUAAAGCAUAACUUCUCUGGUGUUAUAAGUACUUAACCUUGAAAGAGAGUAUCAAAUUGAACUGACAGAAAGCACUAGUUGUAGGAUUUACUUCCAAAUAUUCCUUUAACUUGUUGUGAAAUUCAAGCACCUUUAAUAAAGUUAAUUAAAAAAAUUAAUUAUAUGUACAUACUAGAUACUUAUGCACCAUAGGUCAAUUGUAAGACGAAUACAAAUAUUUAUUGGAGGGUGUAGAUAAUUUUUUAAACAUUAUUUAAUUUGAUUCAUGAUGUAAAUUGAAAUGUAAAUGCAAAAUAUUGCCCAAUAACCAUAUGUGUAUAUGUCUCUGAAUAAAAUCAUAAUAAUACUGAAA